AUGGCUUUCGAAAAGGCUCAAAAGUCCUGCACCUGUAUCCAAAUUGCUCACCGCUUAUCGACAAUAAGGAAUGUCGAUAAGAUUUUUGUCGUUGUCGAUGGCGCCAUAGCUGAAGAGGGCACACACGAACAACUGCUCAAUAAACACGGAGUAUACUACGAUAUGACGUUAUCAUCGUAA